AGCCUCAUAGUCACUUUCUUUUUACUUUACAUUGAAAGAAACCAAACCAAACUCAAACACCAAAACCCACCUCUUCUCAAUUUUUUUUCCUUCUUUUUCAUUCAAAAAAACGUAAAAAAGAGAAAUCAAGAUUCUCUCACGCGUAUUAUUUAAAUGAUUUUCCAUUUGUAAAACUUUCUGUAUUAUCUUUCUUCAAGUUUUUUUUUUUUUUUUGAGAUCAUCUUUCCUAUAAGUCUAGAGUCUAGGAAUACUAUUCUAUAUAUAAAGUCACAUAGAUAUAGCACUAGCUAUAUUGUAGAAACAAAACAAUAUUGCACAUGUUGUGCUCACAAGGUUUGGUUCUAGCAACUGCCAUGGUUGUUUCAAGCACGGUUCUUUUUCUGACUUUCUCUAGGCAAAAGUCUUUCUCACCGACCCAACCUUCCGGGAAUCGUGAUUCCGAACAACCUUCGGAGAAAAUCCUACGUUCUUGUUUGAUCUCAGGUGAUGAUAAGAAGAAGGAAAGAAAGAAAAAGAUAGUGAAAUUUGCUGAAAAUGUGAAGGAGCCGAGAGGGAAUGGGGAGGAGUUCAGGAAUCGGCAGAAGAAGAGGAGCAGAAUGGAGAUGAAUUGCAGGAAUGAGAUUCCCGGGAUUCAAACUACGCCUUCCAAUCACCUCGUUCUGUACAACGGUAUCAUCAAGGACCGGGUCCAAAGGCUCGAGUGUUCUUAUUGAUCACCUUCCAAAUUUCUUCAUUUACUUUUUCUUUUCUUUUUUUUCUUUUUUAGAUUGCCAGUAAAAAAAAUUCAAGAAAAAAAAAUCUUGGUUUCUGUGGUUGUAAAUACUUGAACGUUGUCCAACUCAUGGAUUUUUUUCCCUUCCUUAAUGAGAAAAUUUGGGCAUGCUUAUGUUUUUA